AUGUUCCGAAAACUGAUCGUCAAACGCAACUAUCAUCGCCACAAUUACACGGGUAUUGCUGACGGUAGACGGGUGGUAGAUCUGUUGCGAAAGAGAUACGAACAAAAGAAACUACAGCAUAUCGACGCAGCCGAGAAAGACAAGGCAACCAUUCUGUCAAUGAACACGUUGAAGCAACAUAAAUGGGAUGCUAAGGCGAUCAAGAAUGCUCAAGCUGAAGACAUUUGUGGAUUUGGCUAUACCUCACCAAAUGAAGUUUUUAUCAACAAUGAACUGAACCUCAGUGAUAUCAAAGUGUACGGUUUUGAUUACGACGCAAGUAUACUAUCACGCUCUACAAUACGAAAUCUAGCCGUGCAAACUAACGAUAGUCUGUACAGUACACGCUGGCUAAUUACACCGAGAAUCUGUCAUUGA